UGUUUAUUUAAAAAAAAAUAAAUUACAAGGGUAAAGUCAUUUUUUUCUUGUGGAUGAGACCAAUUUGAGCCUUUUUUUGAGCUGACAUAUUAAACAACGAUAAAUGAGCUUUCAACAGGACAGUGCGCCUCAACCUUUUAUAAAUUGCUUUAAUAUGUUCUCUUCAUUCAGAUAAUGAUGAAAGACCUUUAGGAGCAAAAAGUUCAGUUUCCAGCUCCCGGACACUUCAAUAUGGUCACGUUAGCAGCAAUGAUCAAAACAGCCAAACUACUGCCUGACCCAAUAAAUGGAGGAGAGAAGGUCUGGAACCCAAUGGUCAUUGAUGGAGCUCCUGUGUAGUGGAGUUGAAAGAUUCAGAAGGGCAAAGAGGAUUGAUUUUUACAGUUUAAAAAAACAAAAAAAAAAAAAAAAAAAAAAAAGGAAACAAGGGAGAAGUAAAACUUGACAAUUGUCAAAGUAAGAAAUUAAAGUGGUAAAGAAAAGUCAGUGAGUACAAUAUGGGUGGGAUCAUAGACUGCUUCUUGGCUGUUUAAAUGCCUUUGGGAGUUCUAAUUACUCUUAAUUGGGUUGUUUUUUUCCCCUUCCAAGCAGAGUGCUCUGCCAAGCAGUCAAGUCUGAUCGUCUCUACCACAUGCAGGACGAACUGGUAUGAAACUUUACAAAAUGUAUUUACAAAUUCUGAACUUGAACAUUCAAGUGCACAGUUGUGGGCAUGUGUUGAAUAUUUUAAGGGACUCAGUUAUUUGAUUGUUGUAUUCCCAGUGAGACUUUUUUUUUUUUUUGAGACACAGGUCUCUAUUCACAUUGUGUUGAACAGUACUUUAGCUUUCAGCGGGAGAUAGAAUUUUAUUUGAUCUGAUCUUGUUACUGAAAUCUGAUUGCAGAAAAAUGUAUCAUAAUGUGCAGGAUCAUGAACAAUUGGAAGUUCCAUGUAGUUAUAUGAGAAGAAUGGUCCUAAAUCUGCUUCGGUGUUAGUAAAUUGGUACGACAUGGAAAAAAAAAAAAACCAUUGAAUUGCAUUUAAAUUUACAUCAGGUCUAAUUAUUACCAGAAUACAUUGAAUGUAAAUAUUCACAAAGUAUGCCCUAUAUUUUGGCUCCUUUCUUAUUAGAUUGGGUGUGAUGGAAAUCAAAGUGUCUGUGGAUAGUCUGCCACGUUUGGUUUGUGGAGUUACAGAUGAAACAACGUGCCAAGAGGUGGUCACAGUGUUGGCUCAAGCCCUGGGCCAGCCUGGGCGCUACAUGUUACGUGAGACCUUCAAAGACUUUGAGAGGUGCAUGGCACCAGAUGAGCACCCCCUGGAAAUGCUCAGAAAGUAUGGGGAACAUGCCAAGGAGGUCCAGCUCACAUUGCUCCACAGCGGCCCUUUAGUUUGCGAUGAAAUGAGCAGGGCCAAAUUGGGUCGACACCAGCCUUGUCCCCCACUGCGAAGGAAAGAAGCCACCACGAGAGUUUGGCGUCGUAGCGGGUCACUGAACUUGCAUCGCCAGAGCUUUCCGCUGUCCUGCUUGAGGCGGGAUACAGAUCAGAACCACGAGCAUGUGAAAAGACCCAAAAGAAAGUCCAUGGCCUUUGUGGAAGAGGCUUGGGAAUGGCUGGAGAACCUGGGAAAAACACAUGUUUAUAGUACUGCAUGUGAUAAGGAGAGCAGCAAAAAGACUGGAAAAAAUAAACGAACUUUUCUCAGUGUCACACUUUCAGCUGUGAGAAAGAGUCCACGCGAUCAGAGUCAAGUCCGAGGUCACGGAAACUCAAAGCCUGACUUUGAUCAAACGUCUUGCUGCAUGGGAACUCAGCAGAAGCUUAAAGAAAAUAAAAACUCCAAGAAAACGCAUGGGGGAAUACUCAAUACUAUCUCAGAUUCAAACAGUCAAGGAGAGAAGAAUCACUUGAGAGAAACUAUCAUAUGCCAGCUAAGUUACCUUCAAAAACUCCAAGUCCAGAUUGAGUGUGUAGACAAAGAAAUCCUAGAGCUGGAGGAAAGCGAGUGGAGCAGAGAAGAGCAGAAAAUGAUACAAGACGAGAUGGAGCAGAUGUGCUACUGGGAGAAUGAACUAAAGGCAGAAGAAGUGUUUGAGACAGAUUUGCAGGAUCAGUUCCAUGACAUGAAAGCAAAGAUUGUGGACUGCAAGGCCAAACUGGAGGAAUACAAGACCAACAUGCAAAAACUGGACUUCUGUGGUGCUCAAAAUGUUGACUCCAAAGAGGGCCGGCAUGCUGCCGAUGGCAAUCCGCCAAGGGAUUCAAAUUGGCAGCUAUUUAAGACAGAAAUGGAUGUAAAUAGUGACAGGAAGUGGCCGCCCAGAAGAAAUUUCAACACUUCUCCUUUACUUCCUCCAAGUCAGAUAAAGGAGCGCCGGCCCACGGGACCAACUGAGCUCAGGGAGUGGUGGGCACGCUGGUCUGCAGUCCAAAACUCCAAAUCAAACAUGAAGAAGACUGAGAUCCACCGCUCUGAGCUCACAAUUUAUUUGGGUGGUACCAAAGAUUAAUGAAAGGGGAAAAAUUGAAAUUGAUGGGUGCUUCCUAAUGUAAGAUCUUAUUUUUAUAUUUUUUAUAAUUAUCUAUUGACAAAAUGUGGCAAUACAUGAACCUCAGACAGCGAAGAUGCAUCCUAAUGUAAAACAGACAUUGCUUGCAUAUAUUCAGGUGUAAAAUCUUACAUGAGUUUUUGUAAUUACCACAUCCAGGUUCUAAUUACUGUAACAGUGAAUCCACAUCUUGCAUCCAUAUUCAUUUUAUUGAGUAUUCUGCUCCCAAUCAGGAUAGAAAUUGAUAUUUUUUUCUAAUAAAUAAUUGGACAAAUGGACUAUUUAUUUAAAAUUUUUGUUAUAACCGAGUCUCGUGAGUGCCUGUCCAACCAUCCCAAAAAAAAUUAAACAUCUGCCUAUUUCUGAAAAUAUCCCCGACCAAGUCCAGCCAACGUCAAUAAAUAAGCAGAGGUGCAGCAGCAAAGAUUAGUUUUAGCCAGAGGCAUAAGGUUCUGAAAAUAAGUAGCUAAAAUGUCAACGUGGGGACGGAUGUAUUUCUGUUUGGCAGUGUCAAGUGGUAAUGCAAUGGAAUGUAUCAGCGGGUGCUUGUGGCGGUAUCAGUAUUACAAAGUGCAUUAGCUUCUGAAAUGCUGGCAUUUUCAUUGCUCUGUGAAAGUGUGGGGGCGCAAUACCUGGUAACAGAGGAGAUGACCAUGCACCGGUGGGCUCUAAUCUAACGCAAGUCAAACUCACUUUUGGCCCAGCAGUAUUGUGAGGGGGGGAAACAACCACUCUAAAACAGUAAAAUACUUGAAAUAAAUAAAUAUAUAUAUAUAUAUUAUAUGAUAAUGUAAUUAACAUUAGUCAAUGUUAAUAUAUUUUUUUAAAAUACAUUUUUUUUGCCAUCACAGAACGGCAAUUUGGACAAAGGAAGAAUAUUGAACAGUUUUUGACUGUUGCAUUACAUUCUGACAUUCAGUGAAGGUGUAAUCAAGAUCACCGGUAAAGUUAGUGGAUUUUAGGUUUAUCCUGAAAUUUGACUAUCCAUAACAUUUUAUUGUUGAUGUGCAAUAUCAAAAUAACAGACAUUUUUAAUCACACUAAGAUAUUUUAAAGAUUAGAUGUUGAGCUAUUGGCGCUAAAGCUGAAAUCUGAAUGAAAUUCCCCACCAACCCUGUUAUGAACUUGCAAAAGACAACUCAUAAAUAUGGACAUUUUGAGAAUUGGAACAGACAUGUUUAAAUUUUGAGGGGUGGGAAGAAAUACGCCCCACUAAAUUUUCGUAAAACUUAAACUUGUUUAUUCAUUCAAGACCAUUAACAAACGUACACAGGAACCUCUGAACGUGGUUCAACUGAAACCCAGUGAUCUCUGCAAACUGACUGAUCCUGAUUGUUUUUUUUCCUUUUUUUAUUUAAACUUAGUUUCUAAUACCUUACUUUUCCCCCCAUAAAUUUGUUCUUAUAUAUGAAGUCUGACUUUAACUAAGGGAAAAAAAAAGCACACAUUACAUACAGUAUUGUUCCACCCACAGGUUAGGGAUGCAUAUUAUCUCUACUAAACAAGAAAGCCAUCCAUAUAGUUCUUUAUAUUGGUGGCUGGCUAGGAACCAAACCAAUCUUUAAGCCCCACCAACCCCCUUCAUUUUGCUUUUAUUUAUUUUUUUAGGCACCUCGUUUUUCACAAUAGACUUGAGUUUCAAUGGAAAAAGCAACUACGUGUGCAAAAAACAAAAUAAAAAUGAAAUAAUUGCAGAUAUAAGAUGCCACAAGGAAUUCUGCACCUGGGAGACAUUGCUUUAGAGGAGCUUGUGAAUACCAAAAAAGUAUCUAAAGGCUCCAGAUUGGUAAAAGUAAAUCCUCUCAGACACACACACACACACACACACACACACACACACACACACACACACAC